CCGGGACAUGCGCACCGGGUGCGCGGGUGGGAGGGACUGGUCGGCCGCGGGAACCGGAGCUUGAAGUGCGGGUGUCGGAGCCGGGGCUCCCGAAGGAAGGCCGUCACGAUGAACACCGUACUGUCGCGCGCGAACUCUCUGUUCGCCUUCUCGCUGAGCGUGAUGGCGGCGCUCACCUUCGGCUGCUUCAUCACCACCGCCUUCAAAGACAGGAGCGUCCCGGUGCGGCUGCACGUCUCGCGGAUCAUGCUAAAAAAUGUAGAAGACUUCACUGGCCCUAGAGAAAGAAGUGACCUGGGAUUCAUCACAUUUGAUAUAACAGCUGAUCUAGAGAAUAUAUUUGAUUGGAAUGUUAAGCAGUUAUUUCUUUAUUUAUCAGCAGAGUAUUCAACAAAAAAUAAUGCUCUGAACCAAGUUGUUCUUUGGGACAAAAUCGUUUUGAGAGGUGAUAAUCCGAAGCUACUUUUGAAAGAUAUGAAGACAAAGUAUUUCUUCUUUGAUGAUGGAAAUGGCCUCAAGGGCAACAGGAAUGUCACUUUGACGCUAUCCUGGAAUGUUGUACCAAACGCUGGAAUUCUACCUCUUGUGACAGGAUCGGGACAUGUGUCUGUGCCAUUUCCAGAUACAUACGAGAUAACCAAGAGCUACUAAAUUAUUCUGAAUUUGAAACAUAUUUUUAUACAUGUUGAAUUUCAUCUCAUCUCUUCCCAAUUUCUUCAUUAAUUUUUUUUUCUUUCUUUUUUCUUUUUCUUUGUUUUUUUGUUUUGCUGUAAGAAAGCCUCACAUCAGAAAACACAGUUGAAGUGAAAGGUUCUGAGCUGCUUAAGCUUAGCUUUGUAAACAGACAGACAGAAAAAGCCUCCCAGAGAAGAGUAGUAUGAAGAACAAGGCAACUGCAUAGGCAGAAUCUGUUAGCAGUGUGGGUUUGAAACAUUUUUUUGCAUUAUCUUAUGGAACAAAAAAUGAGCAUAAAGGGCUGUUAAAGGUUCAGGUGUCCUAAGAAUUCUGAAUUGUAUGUUCUGUGUUCAUGCAAGGUGGUUGUGACUCACUCGUGGGCAUUCUCUAGUAUCUCUAAGUGGAUCUAAUGCUAGAUUACUGGAAAUGUUAAUGCGGUUCUUUAAAGUCUGUUUUACAAACGAGAGAGAGAGGUAGGAUUUUAAUCCAUUUGUUACAGACAUCCCCAUCAUGCUUGCUUUUCUUAGGUGUGUAGCAGCUUUCUCCAAAUAAAGGGUAAGGACCUCGUUGUAUGCUGUACAAUCUAGCAAGCUCAUUUUUAAGUUUCAACGCAAACAAAUGUGUAUCUUUCAGUGUGUUCAGAGUGCUUCUUUGUAUAUCUCUCUAAAGUUUUAGCUUUGCCAUGGAAAGUUGAAAAUGUUUGCAUGGAUUACAAUUUGUCCCACUGAACCUUGCCUCUGUGACUAACUAGUUUUUUUAGCUCCAUAUUUUAACAAUUGGAAUAAUAAGUCUUGUGCUUCUCCACCUACAGAUUUCUCUCAUGUGUUGCCUGUUGUCUUGAGUGGUCCUAAUGAGGUAGCGAGUGCAAAUGUUAGCUCUUUGUAGGUGAGGAAACUGAAGCCCAGAAACUUACUGGCUUGCACCCAAAUUAAAAAGCAAGCAGUGGACUUCUUUUAUACCUCAGUUUACACAUCGGUCACAUUCAUAUAAUUUUAUUGUAGUUCAUUACUCUCAUUUUCCUUCUGGGAAUGAGAGAGUAUGAAACUUAAUUUUCUAGCAGCCAACAACUUACACAGUGAUGUCAUUGUUUGUGCAUAUUCAUUACCCAUGUUAGAAUAACUAUAGCUUUGUAAAAUAAUUUAGAGAUUAAAUACAUUAUAUAUGAUUAAAUAUAUAAUUAUAUUUGACAUGACAUUUAUUUUCCUCAUUGAUAAAUACCCUCAGAAUUAGCAUCUGCAUAUUGGCUACUCUUAAAUGUAAGAGUAGACCCGAGGUCCAUCCUGCAGUAACCUAAAAGGGCUGUUUACUAGCAGUCGCAUAAAUUAGCAUUUGUUCUGUUUACCUCAUGUGUUUAGUGACAUUCAUUUUAACAGCUGUUGUAUGUGGUGGUACAGGUCUUACAAAUGCAUGUGCAUGAGGUUUUCUUACCAGCAGAAAGGCCAAAGGUGCACCUUGAGAUUGGUACUAGCAUGUUCCUUAAACAUUUCAGGGUCUCUGUUUCUUUGUCUAUAAAAUGAUCCUUUACUACAAUAGAAAUCUCUGAAAUGUUUUCUAUUCAGCAGAUGGUGAACAGGAAAUCACCAUAGUGAUCUGAAGUCAGAAAAGUGAUUUGGAAAGAUUAACACAGAGUUCAUAAGGAUCUGAGCUUCUGCUACAUUUUACACCUACCUACAAAGUUGAGCUUUAUACAUUGAUCAGAUACUAGAUGUGUAAAAUCUGCAAGUGUCAAAGCUUAGAGGAUCUGGGUGUGCCCUAGCCAAGGGAGCCUUGACAAGCCUAGAGCAUUAAAGCCAGACCUCAGUUCAGUUAACAGUUCCUUAUACUUUGUGAUGAUAUGUUGGUCCAGCACACACUAACUAGCACUGACAUUGUCUAGAAUUACUAUGUAUCUGAAAAGCCCAAUUCAUGAGUUUGGUAAAGAAAGCCCAGUGUGACAGUGGCCUUUGCUUUUACCAGACUAAGCGAGCUGCUCGGGGUAUGAGUGCUCCAGCAUGCCACUAGCCCUGUCUCUCAGGAACUCAGUUGCAUGCGAGCAUGGCCUUAUCAGUUUGUGGUGAUCCUAAAACCUAAAGUUUGUAUGUUUGAUAAGCAUCUCUGGUCUCAUCAGAUCUUUACAGAGACUCAGUGCUUCAGAGUCUGAGCCCAGAGGUGAUUCUGUAAAAAGACAAUGAUUGCAGGAAUCUUAGUAAAGAGGUUGCAGUUAGAAAUUCACUUGAAAAUGUAGCACUCCGCAUAUCCUUCUUAGUCUGAGCUAGAAGUCUUAAGUGUGUGCUUUGGGUCUGGUCGUUGCAUUCAGUGUCCUUCUGCUGAAAGGAGAAGAACAGCUUCAGAAACUGUUGAGAAUAUAACAGGAAAACUGGUUGGUUCAGAUUUCUGGUUCUUCAGUGAUCUGGCUAGCCAAUUCUUUAUGUGAAGAAUUGGACUUUAAAGAUCUAAAGCUUUGAAUGGGAGCUGGUACAAGGGCUGGUUUCUGAUACUUUGACCUUGUAGCUGUGACCUUUGAUUGUAAGUAAACAUCUGUCUAUUUCAAAAGCUUCUCUUGCUUUCAGUAACAAGCCUGUGUACCUUACACAAGACCGCCAGUGGUUCAAAGUUGUAUGUUUGAAAAAGUUAUUUCAUAGUUUUUAUGAAAUUUGGAAAGUUGUUUACUAAAAAAACAAAUGCAUAAGAAAAUUCAUAAAAAAUGCUGAAUAUGUAUGUGCAAAAACAUUUCUUAACUACAAUAAAUAUUCAACAUUUUUCUAAUAAAGACGAUUUUUUUUUCUGAGUAAAAAUAUGCAUUUUAAAGAC